AUGGCGCAAUCCGAUGAAGAAGACGACUACAUGAAUAUGGUGUUUGAGGAUGCACCCAAAGGACCAAAGUUUGAGACAUCUCUCCAGCGCGCCGCGCGUAAGCGCAAAGAAGGUGAAGCUCGCGCACAUCAAAAGACCAAAGCCGAACGUGCAGAAGAAGCCGAGGCUGCACGUGAAGCUGCUCUUGCCACUGCCCUGCCCGAGACCAACAAGGGAUUCAAGAUGAUGGCCAAGUUUGGAUUCAAGCAGGGUGAUGCACUGGGCAAAUCUGAAGAUGCCCGUAAGGAGCCUAUACGAGUCAAUCCCAAGGAUGACAGAGGUGGAAUUGGCCUGGAAUCCGAGAAGAAGCGCAAGUUCAGGGAGCAGUUCGAAGAGGCCGACCGAUUGGCAAAGCGCGCAAAGGAGGAAGAGGGUGACUACCUCGAGGUGUUGCGCCAAGAACAGAAGGAAAAAAAGGCUGAACGAGACCUGGAAAGCGCACAGAGGACUGCAGAGAGGUUGUCUGACAAGGAGGCUGAGAAGGAAGGCACACGAAACCCGACCGAGAAGCCAUUGGAGGACAUUAACGUGCUUUGGCGUACCCAAGCACGACGGAGGGCUGACAGGAAGCGCGACACGCAGCAGCGACGAGAGCUGAACGAUAGUAUUGCCUCACGACUACCCACAUUAGCUCCGGAAGACGAAGACGAAGAAGACGAUUCCAAGGUGGCUCAAGGCCGUGACCUAGCACCUUUCUACACCACACUCGAAAAUGACCUUGUAGACGAGGACCCAGAGUUGGCUGAGUUUGAGGCCUUGCCCGUGACGGAGCGCCUCCAGAAGCUUUUGCUAUUCCUUCGUGACAAGUACCGGUACUGUCUUUACUGCGGGUAUGAGUAUCCAGAUGCCGACAUGGAAGGCUGCCCAGGAGUAACUGAAGAAGACCACGAUUGA